GCUGACAGCUUUCUCCCCUUUAAUGGAGCAAGGUUAGCAGUUCCUCCCUGCUUCCAGUCUUUGUGCUAAGCUAGGCUAAACAUGUUCUGAUACCCAUCUACUCAAUUGCCUCUGGGGAAGAAAGAGGACGUUGUCUCUCCAGUCUCCUCAGUAGGCUGUCCAUCAUAGUCAUACUGUAGGUGCGGUGUAAAGUGUGUGUGUGUGUGUGUGUGUGUGUGUGUCUUUAAGCAGCUCAAACAGUAGAGCGUCUCAGUGUUUGUUCAGUCUGUCAAUGAGUAAACCUGUAGCAGGAACAACUCCUCACAUACAGUGAACCUGAAGUCACAGCUGUCUGCACCAUGGACACAGGAGUCAGUCCGGGUCAUUAAAGCACUGCUGAUUCACGUCUUGCUGAGCUGAACUGAGAGAGAGCAAGUGAUAAUGGCAGCGAUUGGAGCAGAGGUCGCUGGGUCGUGGUUCCUGUCGUCAGGAGUGGCUGGUUUCUUCAUCCUUCUCGUGCUCCUCUCCAUCUUCCUUACAGCACUCUGCAGCGACUGCAACAAACGUUCUUUUGAGCUGCGAGAGUCUGAGGCCGACAAAAAUCCUUCAACUCUUAUCAGAGUGGUUAAGCUGGAAGAGGCCAUGGUGGCGAGAGAGAAUCCGAUGAUCAAUGAGAUACAAAAUGAUGAAAAAGAUUUUAAUCCUGGUCAAGAAAACACAGUCUCCUUCACUCCUUGGAGGAGCCACCUGGGGGCGCCACAGAACCACCAAGAUGCUCAGACCAAUGGCAGUGCAGCAGUGAUAAAGACAGAAAGUGUUUCUGACACUGCAGGAGAGUCAAAUCCUGAAGAGGAAACCUCUGUCACGUUCACUCCGUGGAGGAGCCACCUGAGGGAGCCACCUAACCAGGAUCAUAUCUACCACACCAUUGGUGAAGGGCGGAGCAGCAGCGGAGGUGAUGCUGACCAGUCAUCAUUACCAACCAAUCAGGAGCAAGAGGAGGAGCACAGCGCUCCCUCUGCAGUGGCGGGGGAUUUGAUCGACAGGAAAUCAGUGUAUGCACAAGUCAGCAAAAAGGCGACACCGACCGCACCCCCUGUUUAUACACAUGAGGAGGUGCAGGUGGAGGAGGAGGAGGAGUCUUUACCUCCACUGCCUGAUAGGAAGUCUCUGGAGGGAUGAUGUGUGAAGUGUGAAAGGACAAAGACUGAAAGACGGCAGCUAAAGGACAAAAAAUGAAAGACUAGGAACAAAUGAUAAAGGAUGAAAUCUAAGUGAACGAGGACGAGAAAUAGAGGUAGGAUACAAAAAGAUAAAAGACAACAAAGGAUGAAGAAAGAAGGAUAAUGGUGUGUUUCCACAAAACACAAUGGAAAUUUUUGCCUUGUGUUGCUCGUGGGAAUACAGGCACUGUAGUGCCACUGGUGAAUAUUUGCCCUGAAGAGCUGUGCUAACAGCUGUGCUAACCUAACUGGGUAAGGCAGCUACCAGCUAAAGUAAAGUAAAACUGAUGGCUGGAAUAAAGUCAUGUCAAUACGGUAAACACGGAAGCCCCGCAAUCUGAAGCACCAAGAACCAAAACGACAACACUCUAUUAUUUUUUCAUCUUGUCCAGAGCAGCACAUUACUACUUAACUCCUCCCAUGUUACCUGUCACAAUAGACCAACUAAAAUUACUCAGAGCAUUCUGCUAAGAAGCAGCUCAACAAAAACAGUGGCAUGCAAAAGUUUGGGCACCCCUGGUCAAAAUUUUGUUUACUGUGAGUAGUUAAGUCAGGAGAAGACGAACUGAUUUCCAAAAGGCAUGAAGUUGAAGAUGACACAUUUCUUCAGUA